UUCGAGAGGAGGCUAAUUUACGAGUCUUGUUUUGCCUUUCAGGAAAAGGGGAGAUAAGAGGGGGAGGGUGGUUGGUGAAGGAGAAUGCAGCAAUCACAUUUUUAAGCAUGCAGAAGCGGGCCGUUUCCGGUUCCUAGGCUGGUGUGUGUCCCCCCCAUCCGAGGCCAGCAGCCGUAUGGGGAGAGCAGCGGCAGACACAGAUGGCAUGGACACUUCCACAAGGUCUGCCGCUCUGCCCUGCCUGCUCUGCCGGAGCCCGUUCGCCGCCGUCUCUCUCUCUCAGCUCGCUCCGCCGCCCAGCAGCACUGCAGCACAGCACAGGCUGACGGCAUGAGGCUUGAUCCAGUGCAUUUCUCCAUGCUGGUCAUCGGGGUCUCCUUCGCCUGUUACGCCCCGAGUCUCAACUCCCUCCAGGACCAGGCGUACCGAUCCGCCGUGGUCAUCGAGGGCGAGGUGCGCUCCUCCCCGGAGAACGUCUCCUCCCGGGAGCCCUACAGUGUGAAUGUCAAAGUGCUGGACGUGUGGCCCGUCAACAGCGGCGGCCUCGAGAGGGAGCAGCUCGUGACCGUCGGGGACUUCGGCUCCGAGGCCCCGUGCACCACGGUGGAGAAGGACCACAGAUAUAUCUUUUUCAUGGACCCCACAGCCGAGCCCUUGGUAUUCAAGGCAUCGUACGCCCCUGUGGACGCCAGCGAGCCGGAGCUGAAGAAGGAUGUGGAGCGAGUGUUGUGCGAGGACUGCG